AUGGAUCGAGUGCAGGCAUUUGGAAAGAACUUCAGUGCGAGCUUCACGCCUUUUGCGCAGCGUACCCAGCAGAUGAUCAAGGAACAACUGGGCCAAGCCGAAGACAAGACCCAACUCCCCGAUGAAUACAUCGAGCUCGAAAAGCGCGUCGAUGCGCUCAAGCUUGUCCACCAGAAGCUCUUGCAGGUGACCUCCCAAUACUCCAACGAGGCCUACGACUACCCUCCCAACAUCCGCGAGUCCUUCAAUGAUCUCGGCCGCACUAUCAACGAGAAGGUCCAACUCCUCUCGCAGGCCGGCUCACCUGCUGAGGCACAAGCAGCGCUGACUGCCCCGCCCUCCGCAAAGCCCCAGCCUAAAACCUUCAACCACGCCAUUGCCCGCGCUUCCCUUGCUGGAUCUCAGACCCUCGCGCAGAGCUCCGAGAGUGAGGACCCGCUCGCCACUGCGCUGGAGAAGUAUGCUCUGGCUGAGGAGAAGGUUGGCGAGGCUCGUCUCGCUCAGGAUGCUCAGAUUCAGUCCCGUUUCCUGGCUGGCUGGAACACCACUCUCAACACCAACCUUAUGUUCGCUGCUAAGGCACGCAAGAACGUUGAGAACGCUCGCUUGAUGCUUGAUUCUGUUAAGGCUAGCAAGAAGGCUGCGGCCCACGGUGAUCUCGAUAAUUUGAGCGAGGAUGCUCGCGCGGAAAUCGAGCAAGCCGAGGAUGAGUUCGUUGGUCAGACCGAGGAGGCCGUGAGCGUGAUGAAGAACGUGCUUGAUACCCCCGAACCUCUGCGCAAUCUGGCCGAUUUGAUCGCUGCCCAACUUGAGUUCCACAAGAAGUCCUAUGAGAUCCUAAGUGAGCUCGCCCCAACCGUCGAUGCGCUGCAGGUCGAGCAGGAGGCCAGCUACCGCAAGAUCCGUGAAGGCGCAUAA